CUUGCGGUGGGGUCACGUCGAAAUAAGAGGGCUUGGAGAGAUUCAAGGGAAGAACCUUGCAAAGGGGAGGGGCAACUCAUUCCGUGUAUGGGGGUAGCCGGUCUUUUCAGAGAUCUGUUGAGAAAGCUGUUCGUGUUCUGAGGGACCGAGUGGGGCGGAUGACGCCGGAGAGAUGGAGAGUCCGUGGCUCAGAACGCCCAAUUUAUGCUGAUGGAAGGCCGAGACCAUCCCCUUCCCCCAACGCAAAGAAAACAAGAGAGUCCUUAGGGGGUCUUGGGAAUGCGGGGUGCCAGGAAACGAUAACUGGACGAGUAGGAUCAAGUCUGCAAGGAGAAAAAAAAUGGCACUGCCCACAGAUCCCCCUCACCUUAUCCUCCUCCACUUUUUGAGAACCUGGUAAAGAAGUCUCUUUGGUCAGGGACUUCAGGUUUUGGAAAGGCACCAUUUCUCUCUUUUGUCAGACAUCCAGCUUUUAGGUCACGUUUUAUUUUAAAGCCCAGUUAGCUUGUUCAGGUUGCUGGUGGAUACAGUAUCUAAAGCUCAGGAUCCCACUUGUAGGUCUGAUUUGUUAAAGGGAUUUUUAGGGCUGCUAAAACCGACAUAGAGGAAAAGAUGACUUGUGCCAAGCAAGGAUGAGUCAGUGGCGUGAACUUAUAAUAAUGCUAGUAAUGAAAGUUGAAGGCCUAGGCCUCAGCUGCCUUACUGUACUGGCUUUAAACCUAUAGGAGGAGAUGGGGCAAACCAUAGCUUUGGUAUUUUCCCAAAGUUCAAGAUUAAUGGUUUGCUGGAAGAGUUUUCACAUUGAAGCCAAACAGAGAUCGGCAGUUCUUUAUGAAGACCUGGAUAUGGUUCAGCUAAGCUGGAAUCCCUCGCUUCCUGUUUUCUCCCCAUCGGCAGACCAUCUGGAUGAGCUCCAAAGUAUCUAAACUAAUUUCCAAUUGUGUAAUUUCGGAAAAGAGGAGGAAGAUUAAUUUCCCUUUGGGCUCUCAAGAAUGUGGAACUGUGUUUCUUUAGAAUUUGAAAAGUAUUUUAAAGUAUCCACUUUUGGCAGACUGAGUCAUUUACUUCCUUUCCUGAUUUUUUUGCCCAGCUUCCUGGGGAGUUGUGUAGAGAGUCUAUCCAAAUUUUAAGGACCUCAAGAAUUGUAUUCCAUGUGAAUGAAUUCUAGAUACCAGCAAAAUUAAUGCUAGAGACUGGUAUUUUGAUGGUGAACUUGAUUUCCAGGUAGAGACAAAGAGGAAAAAUUGAGGGAUAACUGUCUUUGGGUUUAAAAAAAAUGUGUCAUCCUUAGAGAGUUCAAGAUCAUUUUUAAUGACAGUAUCAGUUGUAUUGCUUUACAGGACAGUAUUAUUAUGCUGUGGAAAACAACUAUUUUAGAUUCUAAAGACUGGUUUAUUAUAAUAUUUUAUAUUUGAAAAUGAUUUUCAAAGAAUUUGCACAUAUUUUUGUUUGAUCCUUAUGACAUUGUGAGGUAGGCAAAGCAGAAAUAUUAGAACUCUUUUUUUACAGAUAAAUGAACUGAAGCUCAGAGAUUAAACUUGCUCAGUUAUAUGGCUGGCUAGUAACUUGGUAGAGCUGUGUCUAGAACCCAAGUUUUCUGACCCCUUGUGCUGCCUGGUUGCAAAGUAAACUUAAACUUGUUCACUUCCCAUCUCUUGUUCCUGGAGAGAAUCUCGCUCUUUGUAGAUGCUCAUUAAAUACUUGUUGAUGAAUAUAUUUAAGAGCUGAUUUUUUCUACUGCAAUUUAAAUUUAGAUUUAAACAACUUAAACUAUUUUUUCAUAAAGUCAUAAAAAAUCCUUAAUUAAAAAUAAACUGACUAGAAUAGAUAUUUGAUAUCUAUUGAGGGAUUAUUAACCUUUUAGACAUGAUAAUGGUACCGUGGAUAUGUUUUUAAAAAUUCUUUUUUUAGAAGUAUAUAUGCAGUUAUUUAUGGAUGGAAUGGAAGGGAUGUCUGUCAAAAGAGUUAAAGGAAUCCAGUAGAGAAGGGAUAUUGAUGUAACAAGAUUGGCCCUAAUUUGAUAAUUGUGAAAGUUGGAUGAUGGGACCAUGAGGGUUCAUUAUAUUAUUCUCUCUACUUUUGCUUAGAUUUGAAAUUUCCCAUAAUAGAUGCUGUUUUUUUUUUUCUUUUCUUUUCUUUUUAAUUAGGCCAAUAUAGUGUGGUUAAAACAUUAGCUGACUGUGAUGAAUCUAGUAUUGAUGGGGGUGGGAUGGAGUAUGCGGAUAUGAAGGUAACCUUGAGUUGAUUGUUGGAGCUAGGUGUUCAUUGCUUUCGACUUUCACGUGUGUUUGAAAUUUCCCAUGAAAAAAACGGUGACUCAUGAAACAUGAACCUGGAUAAAGGGUAUUGAUGCUGCCCCUGUGUAGUUUCUUUGCUAGUGUUUUGGCCUCUAAAUUGUUAAAAUUGAUCCAACAUUUUAAGUUGCUCAGUUUAGGAAAGGCUGCUUCUCCAAGAAGAAUGUGGACUGUCUCUUACAAGUCAGAGGAUGUAAGUUCCCUGCAGCCCCACAGCAUGGAACUGCAAGUUACUCUAAACUUGACUUUUAAAAAUGAAACUCAAAGCUUUCUGGUUUCAGAUCCAGAAAAUACAACUUGGGCUGAUGUUGAGGCUAUGGUAAAAGUUUCAUUUGAUCUGAACACUAUUCAAAUAAAAUACCUGGAUGAGGAAAAUGAAGAGGUAUCCAUCAACAGUCAAGGAGAAUACGAAGAAGCCCUGAAGGUGGCAGUUAAACAAGGAAACCAACUUCAGAUGCAAGUCCAUGAAGGAUACCAUAUUGUCGAUGAAGCCCCAUCCCCAGUUGUAUCAGAAAAACGACAAGCUGCCAGGGCAGGGAAGAAGCCACUUGCACAUUAUUCUUCAUUGGUGAGAGUCUUGGGAUCAGAUAUGAGGACCCCAGAGGAGCCUGCAGCCCGGCACUUUCCACUUGCUCCACGAAAUGCAGACCAGAUUCAAGUCAAGCCCCCAGAUUGGUUCACAAGCUACUUGGAGACAUUCAGAGAGCAAGUGGUUAAAGAAACAGUUGAGAAGCUUGAACAGAAAUUACAUGAGAAGCUUGUCCUCCGAGAGAGCCCACCCUUGGCUUCCUGUCCCUCGGAAGUCUCCAUGCCUGUUUCAGGUGAAACGGUUUUUUUGCCAGAAAACCAGUUCAACUGGCCUGUUGCUUGCGGCAACUGCCAAAGAAGGAUCAUUGGUGUGCGCUACCAGUGCAGUCUAUGCCCAUCCUACAACAUCUGUGAAGAUUGUGAAGCAGGGCCAUAUGCUCAUGACUCUAACCAUGUCCUGCUGAAGUUGCGGAGACCUGUUGUGAGUUCCUCUGAACCAUUCUCUCAGUCAAAAUUUUCUACUCCCCGACUGCCUGCUGCUCUGGAACAAGUCAGGCUCCAAAAACAGGUUGACAAAAACUUUCUUAAAGCAGAAAAACAAAGGUUGCGAGCUGAGAAGAAACAGCGUAAAGCGGAGGUCAAGGAACUUAAAAAGCAGCUUAAACUCCACAGGAAGAUUCAUCUGUGGAAUUCUAUCCAUGGACUCCAGAGCCCCAAGUCUCCUUUGGGCCGACCCGAGAGCUUGCUGCAGUCUAACACCCUGAUGCUCCCUUUGCAGCCCUGUGCCCCAGUUAUGCCAACCCUCAGUGCAGCAUUUGUGGAUGAGAAUUUGCCUGAUGGGACUCACCUUCAGCCAGGAACCAAGUUUAUCAAACACUGGAGAAUGAAAAAUACCGGAAAUGUAAAGUGGAAUGCAGACACAAAGCUCAAGUUCAUGUGGGGAAACCUGACCUUGGCUUCUACAGAAAGGAAGGAUGUUUUGGUUCCCUGCCUGAAGGCUGGUCAUGUGGGAGUUGUGUCUGUGGAGUUCAUUGCCCCAGCCCUGGAGGGAACGUACACUUCCCAUUGGCGUCUUUCUCACAAAGGCCAACAGUUUGGGCCUCGGGUCUGGUGCAGUAUCAUAGUGGAUCCUUUUCCCACCACAGAGAGCCCUGAUAACAAUGAAAAGGGCAUGAUCAGAUCAAACAAAGCUGAUGAUCUCAACUGCCAGCAAGAGGAACCUUUUCUUCCGGCUAAAGAAGAAAUUCAACUUGAUGAAGUGACUGAGCAGACAGAAGGGAUAGGGACCUGCAUCCCUCAGAAGAUAAGAGAUGUUGGCAGGGAAAGGGAGCUCUACAUCCCAUCCGUGGACCUUCUCACUGCACAGGACCUGUUGUCCUUUGAGCUGUUGGAUAUAAAUAUUGUCCAAGAGUUGGAGAGAGUGCCCCACAACACCCCCGUGGAUAUGACUCCCUGCAUGUCUCCUCUGCCACAUGACAGUCCUUUAAUAGAGAAGCCAGGCUUGGGGCAGAUACAGGAAGAGAAUGAAGGGGCGGGAUCUAAAGCACUUCCUGAUUCCACAGGGUCAGUAAAGAAUAAGACUGAGAACACUGCUUCAGUGGAGGAAGCAGAAGAUGACCUGAGUGGGACUCAGUUUGUGUGUGAGACUGUAAUCCGUUCCCUUACCUUGGAUGCUGCCCCUGAUCACAACCCACCUUGCAGACAGAAGUCCCUGCAGAUGAAAUUUGCCUCAUCUGAAGAGGUACCACUUGGUGAUGAGAGAGAGGAGAUUGUCCAUAUAGCUGAGGAAGAAGUUAUUAUGGAGGAGGAGGAUGAACUCAAAGAUGAAGUUCAGAGUCAGUCCUCUGCUUCCUCGGAGGAUUACAUUAUCAUCCUGCCUGAGUGCUUUGAUACCAGCCGCCCUUUGGGGGACUCCAUGUACAGCUCUGCACUUUCGCAGCCGGGCCUGGAGCGAGGGACGGAAAGGGAGCCAGGGAUUGAGGCUGGACAGGAGCCAGCUGAGGAUGGGGAGAGACUCCCUGGAGGGGAGAAGCAGCCUCAGGGGCACAGCAUCAAUGACAUCCUCAUGACCUCACAGACUCUGGAAGCAAUCCCGCUAAUCCCUGAGGUGGUGGGGCCUCCAGCACCGCUGCCCAGGAGCCCAACUUGUGCACAGCAUCAUGGUUCCCCAGGAGUGGAUUUACCAGUUACCGUACCAGAAGUUUCUUCAGUCUCUGAUCAGAUCAGAGGAGAGCCCAGAGGCUCAUCAGGACUUGUAAACAGCAGACAGAAGAGCUAUGACCAUUCAAGGCACCACCAUGGGAACAGCAUUGCUGGAGGACUAGUGAAGGGGGCUUUGUCUGUUGCUGCCUCUGCAUAUAAGGCCCUGUUUGCUGCACCACCAGUCACUGCACAGCCAGUGAUUUCUGAAGAUCAGACAGCAGUCCUGAUGGCCCAUCUCUUUGAAAUGGGAUUUUGUGACCGACAGCUGAAUCUAAGGCUGCUGAAGAAACACAAUUACAACAUCCUUCAGGUUGUGACAGAACUCCUUCAGGUCAACAACAAUGACUGGUACAGCCACCGUUACUGAGGAGAGUUACCUUGUAUUAAAUAACUCUGCCUGCUGCUCAGAGAUGAUCUGUAUUGUUAUUGGGGUGUGGGGUAGAAGCCCUUGCUUGUUUUUUAAGCUGAUGAAUCUAUAUAUAGUCCAUCAUUGAAGGUAUUAUCAAGAUGAUACCUGUAUCACAGUAUUUUUGGGAGCCAAUCAAAGACUAGAACUUAAAUUUUCACUUUAGACACUGGAUGAAUAGCAGGAAGAUGGUUUUUCAUUUCAUUUGGAUAAAACUCCUCCAUUUAAGUACAUUGAAGAGUAUAACUUGAACUUCCUAUAGAACCAGUUUUUUUCUGCUUGUAUUGAAGCUGAGUAUUUUUGUUUAGUUAUAAUGUGGAUGUUUUUAUGGGGUUAUCCAUUAGUUGUCAGGUUUUUAAUGAAAUUAACCUUGGAAGAAAGGUUAUCAGUUAUUCUCAAGAAUUAUUCUCAUAAUUUCUCUAAAUCUAUCCCAAGCCUCAUAGCUGUGUGGUAUUGAAAUGACACCCAGAGCAUGGUAGAAACAUUGCCACACUUUCCUUCUCAAGGGGAAAGUAAUUUUCCUGCAAGACUUAGUAGUUGACACGGUUGCUUUCUAAAACCCAUUGGUGCAUUUACGAGUAUCCACCUUCUGGGUCUCUGCAUUUCAGUGAAAGGAGGGACCAGAUUGUAAUAGUUGUGCAUACAUUUUUCUUUUCUUUAAAGGAAAAAAAUAUUAAGUAGGUAGCGUGAAGCAUUUUGCUAAUCCUAUUGGGGAAGGAAAGAACCCUUCUGUUACUUAAAGGGAAAGGUGAAUUUAACAAUUACCUUUUUUCACAAUGUCAGGGGAGCUCUUAACUUUUACAGUGGAGUGGAGGGAAAUGGGAAUAUGUAAAAAAAGAAAGGCAGGAUUCUAUGUUAAUCUCAGUAAAGUCCAGGGCUGGGCAAGUGAAUGUGUAGGAGGCAUUGGAAAUCCUGAUGACUUCCUGAAUGUCUGAAAUCGGUACAAAGUAUCUAGCCAUAGAGAGCUUAAAACAAGAAGUGGAAGCUGGUAUUUUGCAAAACUUGGGUAGGGGGCAAACUUUGAAAACGUUUUAGUUUAACCCUAGGAUGCAUGGGAAAGAGCUUGCUUCCUAGAGCUCCCCUCUUUUCAGAAGGGAGUUUGGGGUGCAGUUGGUGAAGGAAGAGAAAGGGUAAAAAAAAAAGAAAAAAAAAAAACAUGCUGAUUUUAUUCGUGAAAAUGACUGUUCCAGAGAAA